AUGGACAAAGCAGCAGCCAAACAGAAGUUUGUGGAUACUUUUGGAGAGUUGGUUGAAGAGUUGAAGACCAUCUUGGUCCAAUACAAGAUGCCUCAGGAGGCUAUUGAUUGGUUUGUCAACAGUUUAAACUAUAAUACUCCAGGUGGUAAAUUGAACAGAGGGUUAUCAGUGAUUGAUACUUAUUGUAUUUUGAAGGGUAUUUCCACUAGUGACUUGUCUGAGGAACAAUAUAAGAAAGUUGCUAUUUUAGGAUGGUGUAUUGAAUUAUUGCAAGCAUACUUUUUGGUAGCUGAUGAUAUGAUGGACCAAUCAAAGACCAGAAGAGGUCAACCAUGCUGGUAUUUAGUUGAAGGUGUUGGUAACAUUGCCAUUAACGAUUCGUUCAUGUUAGAAGGUGCCAUUUAUAUGCUUUUGAAGAAACAUUUCCGUGAAGAUUCUUAUUAUGUCGAUUUAUUGGAUUUGUUCCAUGAAGUUACUUUCCAAACCGAAUUGGGCCAGUUGUUGGAUUUGGUUACUGCCGAUGAAGAAGUUGUUGAUUUGGAUAAGUUUUCCUUGCUGAAACAUUCGUUUAUUGUUAUUUUCAAAACUGCUUACUACUCCUUCUACUUACCAGUUGCUCUUGCUAUGUUCAUGGCCGGUAUUACCAAACAGAGCGACUUGAAACAAGCACAAGAUAUUUUGAUUCCCUUGGGUGAGUAUUUUCAAAUCCAAGACGACUACUUGGAUUGCUUUGGUACUCCUGAACAAAUUGGUAAGAUCGGGACUGAUAUCAAGGACAACAAGUGUUCAUGGGUUGUCAACCAAGCUCUUUUGAAGGUUACUCCUGAACAAAGACACUUGUUGGACACCAACUACGGGAAGAAGGAUGACGAGUCUGAAGCCAGGGUCAAGAAGUUGUUCAAUGAUUUGGGAAUCGAAAAGACCUACACUGACUACGAAGAAGAAGUAGUUGGCAAAUUAAGACAGUCGAUUGCCAAUGUCGAUGAGACCAAUGGCUUGAAGAAGGAAGUGUUCAGUGCAUUCUUAGCAAAGGUUUACAAGAGAUCAAAAUAG